ACUACGCCAUCUACGCUACGUGCUGUGAGGGUCCAUUCGGUUACUUGUUCACACGUUAAGAAAUGGCUAAAAGAAAAGCUCUUAGUUUCGAUGAGAAAUUAAAAAUUAUACAGCAGUAUGAUGAGAAAAAAGGAGUUACGAAUAAGCAGCAAUUUGCAAAUGAAAUAGGAAUACCUGUAUCUACAUUAAAAACUUUAUUAAAAAAACGGGAAGAAAUUGAAUCCAGCGCCUUUUCAGGCAUCAGUAAAAGACGGAGGGUACGUAAAGGCAAAAAUGAGGAUUUAGAAGAAGUGCUGUACCAAUGGUUCCAGCAAGCUCGAGGAAAUAACUUGCCGAUCAAUGGACCCAUUAUGACGGAAAAAGCCAACGAAAUAGCCAAAGGCUUGGGCAUAAAUGAUUUCUCUGGAUCAGCUGGUUGGCUGGAUCGAUUUCGAAAAAGAUAUGGCAUUAAAUAUCGUCAAAUUAGUGGUGAAGCCGAAGCCGUAGACGACGACAGCAUUGCUCCCUGGAUAGAAAAUCUCCUCCCUAAUCUACUAAAAGACUAUGCACCUGAGGACGUAUAUAACGCUGAUGAAUUUGGAUUAUUUUUUAAAUUAAUGCCAGACAAAUCCUUAGUUUUAAAAGAUGAAAAGUGCCACGGAGGUAAGCUAAGUAAAGACAGACUGACUGUAUUAGCAUGUUCUAAUUGGACUGGAUCUGACAAGUUGAAGCUGAUGGUGAUUGGAAAAUCUAAGUCACCACGGUGUUUUAAAAAUGUGCGAACUUUCCCGUGCAACUACAAAGCACAGAAUAGAGCCUGGAUGACUGGGUGUUUGUUUACUGAAUGGGUGCAACAGUUGGACCGAAAAUUCGGUAAAGGAAAGAGGAAAGUCCUUCUGUUUGUGGACAACUGUCCCGCUCAUCCCAAAGGAAUCCCCCUCAAAAACAUCAAGCUCGAGUAUUUCCCCCCCAACUCUACCAGCAAGCUUCAGCCAUUAGAUCAAGGAGUCAUUAAAGUUUUGAAGCAGAAAUACCGUAAAAAGCUGGUACAGCGUUACUUACGUGAAAUUGAAUCAGGAGAGGACUCUUCCUGUAAAAUAAAUGUGUUGGAUGCUAUCCAUUAUGUUUCGGCUGCGUGGGAUGAGAUCGCGCCAGAUGUGAUAAGAAAUUGCUUUCGAAAAGCGCAUUUUGAGAGCAAAUCUAAUGAAAAUGACCUGAAUGUUGCGGAUUUUCUGGACAUCGAAUUUGAGGAACAGUAUCCUGGAUAUUGUUCAGUUGAUGAUGAUUUGCCUAUCACGGAAACUCUAGAAAUUCAGGAUAUGAUUGACAUGGCGAAAGAUGGAGAAUUCGAGGUUGAUAAUGAGGAAGAGGAAGAAGAUGAACCUCCCCAACUUCCCUCUUUUAUUAGCGCCUGCGAUUCCGUAAGCGUUUUGCGGCAGGCGCUCUCUUCUACCGAAAACUCGGAAGCGAUGCUGAGAGAACUUAACAGGAUUGAAAGUUUUAUAAUAAGAAAUUUUAGGAAACCAACUUCUUAUGAUGGAGGAAAGCAACUCCUUAUGGAGAAUUUUCUUACAAAAAAAUAAUAGCAUAGAUGUAACUAAGAUGUAAUAAAGUUGUAGAGGUUAAAAUGCAUACGCGUUUCUUUUGCUUUUAGACUGUUAUUUUUAUUUCAGCGAUUAAAAACGAGUCAUCAGAUUUUUGUAAGGUAUGUUUUUUUUUUCCUGUUAUCUUCCAAAACGGCAUUUUAAAGAGUUCUGCUUAUAACGUCGUCCCGCUUAAUACGACG